GCUACUAAAACCAUCCCAAAUUUCCUUCCAUAUACAAUUAAGCACACUAGCAACAGCUAAGUACUCACAAGGUCUCUACCUAGCAUCUAGCAGCAAGCUCAUAUUAACUACUUGCCUUGAGGUUCGAGCACGCAUACUAGACCACAUAGAUGGACAGUGUUAUGAAGAUGGCGUCGGAGCGGGCAGUGGUGAUCUUCACCUUGAGCUCCUGCUGCAUGUGCCACACUGUGACCCGUCUCUUUCGUGACCUUGGGGUCAAUGCCUUUGUGCAUGAACUGGACCAAGAUCCCAAGGGCAAGGAGAUAGAGAGGGCGCUCCUCAAGCUCCUCGGGAAGGGGCCACCUGUGCCGGUAGUGUUCAUUGGCGGGAAGCUUGUCGGUGGAACUAACAAGAUAAUGUCCCUUCACCUUGGUGGCGAGCUGGUCCCUAUGUUACGGAAUGUAGGUGCAUUGUGGCUGUAGAGAUGUCAUAAUACACCCGAGUUAGAGAAAGACCUAACUCUGAUACCUAUUGGCGAAAUAAAAUUGCCAAAAGAGCAUUGAUCCAAUACAUGUUUUGCGUAGAAUAACUUAAUGUCCUUGUAUGUCAAGACAGGUCUUUUCAAUUCUGUAUCCGACAAUUAUAAACAGUUAUAUCGAGACUUGACAUGAUCUCAUAGGUGUAUCCAUCUAUCUAAGCGUGCUAGUAUUGAAUAUGUGUACUUAAACUUGAGUCAACUACAAAUGAAACGACAUUUGCA